CUGUGCACUGUGACUGUGUGCAGGGGCCGUUUCCAAGCUCUGCCUGAUCGGAGCUGAGCUCCGAUCGCGGCCGGAGGCCAGGUGGAGGGGUGAGUCAGCCUGCUAAGGGGACAAUGGGACCGGCCAACCAGGAACUGGCCCGGUGUCCCGGCGUCCCAAUCCGCCCCUGCCAUGAGGUGUACAUGUGGCGUUGCUUUGGGAUGUUUGGGAGAUGUCCAGGGAUAAGCGGCCCCGAUUCCCCCCCCCCCCUCUCUUCCCUCCACCCCUCAGAAGAACUUUCCCUGCAUAGCAACGAGGAGUGGGAUACGACCGACCAGGCAUGCAGUGACCAGCCGCGGUCGUCAAGGGACCAAAUGGAGAAGUCAAAGAAAAAGAAAAAGCCUAGAAAGGCAAGAAGCCAGCCAGAGGAGCAGUCGGAGGAGGAAGCCUCUGGUGAAGAUGCAGGACCGAAGAAGCCGCGUGGACCCAGAUACACUGAGGCGGGAAACUGUGCCCUAGUGGAUGGCGUCGACAGGUCCUACAACGUUCUGUAUGGACCAAGGGCACAGACCACAGCAGCUAAGACCAAGCGAAACAUCUGGGAUGCCAUCGCGAGACAAGUCGCUGCAGUAUCUGGAAACCGCCGGAGCACCAGAAACUGCAUGAAACGGUACAGUGAUUGCCGCAGACAGACCAAAAAGAAGAUGGGGAUUCAGCGCCGACAUGAGACAGCUACGGGAGGUGGUCCGGCUCUCAAUCUGAAGUGGCUAUCCUGGGAGGACGUUAUUAAAAGGCGCAUGAACCCUGUCAUGGUCCAAGGAGUUCACGGAGGUGUGGACUCCAGCCGUCCUGCUGGCUUUCCCGAGGAGGAAGAACCGCCUGGAAGACGGCGGGAGACAAGCAGUCCAAAAGGAGGCCUGAUGGUAAGAAUACAUUCAGAUGAGCUGUACUAAAUCUUUAUUUUUUUAUUUAUUUGCUAAUGUGUUGGUUCUUUCCCCCAGACACACCUGCCCAGAGGACAUCACCUGCGCGCGGACCAUCACCUGCGCAGCAGGCAUCGGAAGCAGCGCGCGGACCAUCACCUGCGCAGCAAGCAGCGGCAGCGCGCAGAUCAUCACCUGCGUGCCACACAUCGUCAGCACGCAGAAAGUCACCUGUGCGCCAGACAUCGUCAGCACGCAGACCAUCACCUGCGCGCCAGACAUCAGCGCGCGGAACGUCACCUGUGCACCAGACAACGUCGGCGACCACACCACCAGCUGGGCGCCAAACUACAUCUCCUGCGCGCAGGCCAUCACCAGCUCGUCAUCUCUCCAGGAACUCUGGGUCUGUGACCGAAGAGCCUCAACAAGACACUACCCUUGUGGACCCAUCACCCGAACUGUUUGAGUGCACAGGGUUAACGGACGAGACUUUUCUUGGGUUUGAAGACAGCCGUGCAGAAGUAUCCAGCCGGACCCUUGAAAAGUCUCCAGAAUUGAGGACAAGCGAAGCUACUGGAGCAGCGGCACCUCCGGAUGG